GGCAUCACGUGAUACUCCGGUCCUUUACUUUUGGGUUUCCUUAGAGAAUAAUGUAUCUAAGCUUUUAAUUAUUAUUAUUUUUAAUAUUAGUAUUACAAUUUCAACAACUCACUAUGAAACCUUUAAUGUUGCAAGGGCACGAGCGUGCCAUCACUCAAAUUAAGUACAACAGAGAAGGUGAUUUAUUAUUCUCAUCCGCUAAGGACGUAACUCCAAACGUUUGGUACUCAUUAAAUGGAGAGCGCCUUGGUACGUACAAUGGUCACACUGGAGCUGUAUGGUGUAUUGAUGUCGAUUGGAAAACAACAAAGUUUUUGUCUGGAGCUGCUGACAACACUUUAAGACUUUGGGAUGUAGCUACUGGAGUGGAGAUUGGUAAUAUUAGUAGUAACUCAGCUGUACGUACAUGUUCAUUUAGUUACUCGGCUGAUCUUGCCAGCUAUUCAACAGAUCAAGCCAUGAAACAAGAGUGUGAAAUUUUUGUUGUUGAUGCUCGUGACGAUGAAUCUUUUAAAAGCAGUGCUCCUAUUUUAAAAAUGGCUGUACCAGAUUCCAAAGUAACUUCUUUAAUUUGGGGUACAUUGGAUCACACUAUUAUUACUGGUCAUGAAGAUGGUGCCAUUACUCAAUGGGAUUUGAGAACAGGAAAAAGUAUAGAAUCUGUUAAAGACCACCAAGGAUCAAUUAAUGAUAUGCAAAAGAACCGACAAGGUACUAUGUUUGUAACGGCAUCAAAGGACAAUACAGCUAAGUUGUUUGAUGUUGAUGAUUUAUCAGUGCACAAAGUUUAUGUAACUGAACGUCCUGUCAAUAGUGCUUCACUUUCUCCAAUAUAUGAUCAUGUGGUAUUGGGUGGUGGUCAAGAAGCCAUGGAUGUAACAACAACAGCAGCACAAGCAGGAAAGUUCGAUGCCAGAUUCUUCCAUGUUAUUUUUGAAGAAGAAUUUGCAAGAGUUAAAGGUCAUUUUGGUCCUAUUAAUUCUUUGGCAUUCCAUCCAGAUGGUGAAAGUUUCAGUACUGGCGGAGAGGAUGGUUUCAUUAGGGUACAAUCAUUUGAUCCAAGUUACAAAGAUUUUAGAUUUGAUUAUUGAUAAUUUGUUCUAUCAAUGUCAAUUAAAAAAAAAGAAAAAACAAAAAGAAUCUUAAAUAAAAAGAU